AGAAAGACAGAGUAAAAAGGAAGAGGCUAGAGAGGGAGGAGUGCAACAGAAAGAGUGAGUUUUGUUUUUGGAGUACGGUGUGACACUGGAGGAGGAACCACAUAUAUUCUUCAAGGGAGCCUGAACUUUAUUCUUGCCAAAUAAGAAAACUCUUAUAAACCAAAAACAAGAAAAGAAGGAAAGAAGAAGAAGAAAUAAUGAAGGAUUUGGAGCAGGCAUUAGAACUGGGGGUCUCUCAGCAGAAAAGAUUCAACGCAACUCAACCCAAAGUUUGGCUAAGGAAUGAAUGUGUUCGUGUUGGACUUGCUGAAACCCUCUGCACAUAUGUCAUGAUGGUGUUUGGUCUGGGGUCUGUGGCCCAGGUAGUGACGGGGCAGGGAGCGUUCGGAGAGUACCUCAGUAUCAACCUGGGCUUUGGACUGGGUGUUGCUAUGGGGGUUCAUGUUGGAGGGAAAGUCUCAGGGGCUCACAUGAAUGCAGCAGUGUCAUUCACAAUGUGUAUGUUCGGCCGGCUCGGAUGGAAGAUGCUGCCUCUGUAUAUUUUUGCACAACUAUUGGGGUCAUUUCUGGCAGCAGGGACCAUAUAUGGUGUAUAUUAUGAUGCCAUACAUGAAUAUUGUGGAGGAAACCUGACUGUAACCGGGGAACUGGCCACAGCUGGUAUCUUUGCCACCUACCCCGCACCAUACCUCUCCUUGAUGGGGGGAUUCAUUGAUCAGGUGUUGGGCACAGCCUUGCUUCUGCUUUGCUUGAUGGCGUUGUCCGACCAGAGGAACAAACCGGCAGCAGCGGGCACGGAGCCCAUCGCAGUUGGUCUGCUGGUGCUGCUCAUCGGCAUCUCUAUGGGAAGAAACAGCGGAUAUGCUAUCAACCCCACCAGAGACAUCGCCCCCAGGCUCUUCACUGCCGUAGCAGGCUGGGGGAUGGACGUGUUCAGAGGGUACUACUGCUAG